AUGAAUGGCCAUGUAAUUCUCGACUCCUGCUUCGGAUUCUACUUUGAGACUUUUUCUUCACCAACAUACGCAAGUCCACACGGUGUCAACCUCACCGAAAAUGAAACAAAGCAUGAUUGUAGUAACGAUUACUUGAUACUCGUACUCAGUCGUGAAGGUGUCUUCGCCCCAGAGGAUCCCCCUCCUGGGGCCCCGCAAUAUUUCACAUUCUUCGGUGUCCGCUUCGACAAGGACAAGGAACGUGUGAAACGAGAGUCCCGGUUGAUGAAAAGCCAGUUGGUGGAGAAGAAGCCGUCCCCAUCUCCUGAUAGUUCGUUCGAGAGCGCUAACCCCUGGCAAACAGGUAUUCUUCCGGUGGUUAGCGCAGAAACAGCGUUCAAUGUCAAGCUGCAAGCAAUGCGACCCAUUGAAAUGCAUUCUGGUUUUCACUCAUCCUAA